CUUCCAGCAUCUACCCGCAUCUUCCAGCAUCGUCCCGCAUCUACCCGCAUCUACCCGCAUCGGCCUGCAUCUCGGCUUGGCCCAUCUCGAUCCAACCGUCCAGCUUCGACACAACUCGGCGAUCGCUGCACAAGCCUCCCGUGCGAACUCAUGGACCGUCGCAGCACCAACGGGGGGACUGCGGGCCGUUGUCGCAGCCCAACAUCCGACACCACUGACCUCGGCUCCAGAAAGCGGCGAGCAUCGCCAUCCGCCAGCGAAUACCCUCCUCCUUCUCGCCUCACAAGGCCUCGCUCGAGGUCACCUUCUUACCGCGCUGGCCGGCGGGCGGACCGUCAUCGAUCUCGCUCUCGGAGCCGCUCGCGAUCCUAUUCGAAAUCCUAUUCACGAUCCCGAUCCCGAUCUCGAUCCCGAUCUCGAUCUCGAUCCCGCUCGCCCUAUGACCGUCGGUACGAGCGUCGACGUCAAAGCCCAGGUCGAAGUCAGCGUGGCAGUCGCAAUGCCUCGCCGUCGCCAGACCGCCGAGGCUCGCAUCGCCAACGCUGGGACCAUGACGGAUACUCUAGCGACCAGUCGUCCGACCACCGACAUCACCGAUCCAAAGCCCGCUCGAAGCCCAACGCCGAGCCCAACCAGAGUGUGUGUCUCAAGGGAUUACCGCUGGAGAUGACUGAUACUGAGCUCCAGAAGCACCUCGAGAAACUCGGAGCCGACAUCGAGUAUGCCAAAGUGAUUUGCGACAAAGCCACGGGCUCCUCCCGAGGAUUUGCAUUCUGCAGGUUCAUCAGCAUCGAGCACGCGCGGCGAUGGAUGGACCGCCAUGAGCCCCGGAUUGACAUCGGAGAGUCUUCGGUCCGGAUCGAGUACAGCAACACCGGCUCGAACGACGCUGGCGACGACUGGGUUUGCAAAAAAUGUGGCAGUUCAAACUUUAAACGCAGACGAGAGUGCUUCCGGUGCAAUGCCGCCCAGCCAGAGUCCACGAAGGAUAAGACCGAGGCUUUCGUCAAUGAUGGCAGCCGGGACGUCGGCACUGCUCCGUCGUCGAUGCUUCUCGUUCGGGACUUGGAUCCCUUGACUACGGAGGAAGAGCUCUAUGACCUGGUCUCCAAAGUUGCCUCGAUUGUGUCGGUGCGAGUGAUCAAGGACCGACUGACGCGCAGGUCAUGGGGAUUCGCAUUCAUCGAGUGCGCUUCGGUUGAGGCGGCCACUGCGGUCUUCCAGAAAGUGAACCACCCCCUCGAUCCGCGUCCGCUGCAGAUCGGCGGUCGGCAGCCCACCCUGUCCUACGCACACACCGGGAGCUUCAUCCCGGUCUACUGUGACCCGCAGUGGGUGACCAAGCAAAUCAAAGGACCCGGCGGCAGCAUCAUGUCCGUUGGAUACUGGGACCAGCAGGCCUAUGCCAAGUCAUACAGCCCUGCAGCAACAGCCAGCGAACCACCUCGCGUCGCCGGCAGCAAAGCACCGAAACAAGCCAAGCAAACCAAGUCGGCCGUCGAGAAGCCGGCGGUGUUGGCCAAGUCGAUCGACAAUGAGCUUGCAGCCUUCCACUCGUCAGCCGAGGCCAGCGGCAAGCCCGGAGCGACCGAAGAGCUGGCAACUCGCGACAGCACAUCGAUCCAGGCGCUCCAUCCAACGUGGCUAUCGGGGGACGACCAAGCUGCCUCGGACAGUCAAAGGAAACGGCCAUUAUCCCAGGACUUUUCGAGCGAGAUCGGCGGCGAUGACUCCAAGUCCAAGGGAUACCUUUCUCUCGCCAGCAAGAAAAUGCGCUCGACCCUCCAGCGGUGGCACGAUCGGCAGGAGGAGAAACUGGCUGAGCCUGAGGAGCCUCUUUCCGAAGAGAAACCUGUAGAAGAGCCACAAGAAGCCAUUCCUGACGAAGAGAUCAACCGGGAGCUGGAGCAGCGCAUGCCUACGGACGCCGAAGUCAAUGAAGAAUACAGCAACUUGAGCAUCACUGCAUGCAUGCUCUGCGAGCGGGGCUUUAAGAGCCCGGAAGAUCUCACAAAGCACCAGAUCAAGUCUGCUCUGCACAAGGCAAACAUGGCAAAGUACAUGGAAGAGAAGCGAAAGGAGCUUGGCGAGCAGAUCAAGGCUGAGCUGGCGCAUGACCGAAACAUGGCCUCCAGCUACCGCAACCGCGCUGCUGAGCGGAGGCAGAUGUAUGGCCAACCGGAACACCCGAAGCUAGAGCCCCGGUUCCCGCCCAAGAAGCCGACGGCGCAUGCACGAAAUCACGAAAGCACUGGAUUCGUCCUUCUGUCCAAGACAACCGCGCCGCCGCCGCCGCCGCCGCCAUCGUCGGCAGAGCCGCCAUCGUCGGCAGAGCCGCCAGCGCCCAGUCCCCUGGGCUCAGACAACAUUGGCAACCGUCUGCUCAAGAUGAUGGGCUGGAAGGAGGGCGAGGGCCUCGGCGCCCGCGGCACUGGAAUCGUCGAGCCCGUGCAGGUAAGCCUAUUCUCCCACUAUCGACAACCAAUUCUGCCUGGGCGUCAGCGGUAGCUUGGGCACUGAGAUGGCUGGAGUUUAUAGAGACUGACAAGCCCGCUCUCGCAGGCGGAGGGCAACACAGGCC